AUGUGGGAUGUCGGGGCUAGACAUGUCGUGAGCGCCCCUUCUCAUUCAAGUAGAAAUGGCCUGGCGGAGCGGUUCGUGCAAACGUUGAAGUCUGCUCUGUGCAAAUCGCUGCCCGGUGAGUCCGUCGAAGAAACACUUCACAACUUUUUAUUGGCACACCAAAACACGCCUCAUCCUACGACUGGAGAAGCUCUAGCUAACCUGUUGAUUUGUAAGAGAUUGCGCACCAGACUGGAUGCCAUGCCUACAUUGCAGGGAAUGGUGAUGCACAGUCGAUUCACCCAAAUGCAGCAGCGGAAGAGCAACAGAAGCUGUUUUUAUAAUACUGACAGUGUUUUUGUUCGAAAUCAAAGAGGCUCCCCCAAGUGGAUUCGUGGAACCGUGCUAAAGCAGACUGUCCCAGUCUCUUAUAAAGUCAUAGUCACUACGUCCAAAGGCAAGUACAUCGGGCGCCGACAUCUCGGUCAGCUGUUGGCAGGCAUGGGUACUGUGACGACAGCAAAGGUAUUGGAGCCAGACUUCAUGGAGGGAUUCUUGGUCCUCCCUCAAAGCCAGGCUGGUGACCAGUCAACGUCGCAAGAGCUUGUGCCCAUGGAGGCUGGCUCUCCAGCGCCCACUCUUCCAUCGAAGACACCCGAACCAGAACGGCGCAACCCAUCAAGAAAACGCCGUCCACCUGAUCAAUACGAAGCCUGUUUUUAA